AUGGUCCAAACAGUAGUUGGAAUUAAACCUAGAUCUUUAGAGAAGCUAUUCAUGAACUGUACCAUAGGCGCAAGGACACUACUCCUGUUCCUAGUGUCCAACCUGCUCUUGUGGGAGAAUGCAGCCUCUGCACCUACCUGUAUCAAGAGGGAUCUGGAUACCCAGAAGUCCUUAGAGAGACUAGUUAAAUUGGCUGCCUUUGUGUCUAAUAUUAUCCAUAUGCAAGCUGGAGAAAUAUUCACUGAAUUUGAUAAACAGUAUGCCCACGGCAAGAGGUAUAAUGAUAGGGUCCCUGACAUCUGCCCCACUGAUUUUUUUGAAACUCCAGUAAACAAGGAGCAAGUUCUAAAAAGCAAUCCAGAAGUACUACUGCAAUUGGUAUACAAGCUACUGUAUUCCUGGGCCGACCCUCUGCAUCAUCUUGUGAAUGAAAUAUCUAUCAUGCAAGGCGAUCCAUAUUCUGUUCUCUAUAAAACCAGACAGAUGAAGGUAAAAAUUGAAGACCUCACGGAGGGAAUUAAAAUAAUACUCAGCAAGAUUGGAGAAAAAGCUAAUGAGAGCUACCCUGCCUGGUCUGGGCGGACAGCCUUGCAGUCAAGCAAUGAAGAUGUUCGCUGUUUUACCUUUUACAACCUGUUCCGCUGCAUGCUCAAAGAUUCCCACAGAAUAAAGACUUUUCUUGAGGUCCUCAAGUACCGAAUCAUCCAUGAAAACAACUGCUAA